UUGGACUAUUUUAACUACGUCUGUGGAAUUUAGAACCUAUUAUAAGUCAAAAAACCGCAGGAAUCCUGAUUUUAUGAUUGAAUCAAUGAAGCAGAUGAAUGGAAGUGACUACAGACAGCCGCAGUCCGACGGCACAGAGACCAGAUUCAGUUCAUGGACGCCUGUAACAAAUAAAGCAUGUAACCAACAGCUUUUUCAGGAAAGAACAACUCUCAUCCUCCAUUGGUUUGACCUGUGGACAGACCGUCAAAGAAAAGAAUUUAUGUGUCGUCUGCUGAGGAGAUGCUCCAAAACUCAGCUCAAGUUCACCAGUGAUUGCUUGGCAGAAUCAGUCCCCAUCACUCGAAUGGACUUCACGGCAGUGCUGCCUCGCUUUCUGUCUCUCUACAUCAUGUCCUUCCUCAGUCCUCGAGACAUCUGCGCCGCAGCACAGGUGUGCUGGCACUGGAGAUUCCUGGCAGAGCAGGACUGUCUGUGGUCUCCGAAGUGCAUCCGUCUGGGAUGGUUUCUUCCCUACAGCCCAUCAGAUCAUGAGUACGGAGCGUGGAAAAGACAUUAUGUGGCCUGCACUGCCAGUUUAGACAUUCUGACUGCACGGGAAGCAGAAGAUGUCUAUGGUACCUUGAAUGAGAGUCUGAGUGCACCAGAGGAGCAAGAGGAUAGAUGGAGAGAGCACAAGAUAAGACAAACUAUCAGAGAGAAGAUAGCAGAGCAUAAAAAGGCUGCAUUGAAGACCAGGAGAGCAUGGUUAAACACCAGUAAAUUGGGCACAUCAUCUAUACAUAAGCCACUGAGUCUCACUGCUGCUCUUGUUCAGCUUGGGGAAAAGUGUCGAUUGGAAAAUUCACUCUCUAGUGUGGAAAUAAGAGAACCGUGGCUUGAUUUGAGGAUGAAUAAUACUCUUGAGAGCACAUGUGCCACUAUGAGUUCACUGUUCUGCAAACCAGUCAAUUCUUCCUACCGUCCUCUUCCUCAUUUCCUCCUUGUGUCAUCCAAAGUUCCUGGAUAUGAACUGCUUCUGGCCGCGGCGCAUGUGUCUGUGGUGGUUUUGCCGUAUGACUCACAUGGAAUGACCUUGGAGGCCUUGCUCUCUCUGGCGGAAAGGACGAUCCAAGGCAGGAUGAUGCAAAGUCUCGGCAUUCUGGUGGCAGGAAGCACAGAUGAGUUGACUCUCACAGAUGGACUGAGCAUUACUGAGAAGACAGUGCUGAAGCCGUGUGUGAGGGAGUUCUGGGAGAAACUGUGUGGCUGGGUGGUUCCUGGUUCAGACGGAGGGAGUCUGGACAUCUUUGUUCCCCUGGCAGCUUCUGUUGCAGGGAUGGACCUGAUGAGGAAGUUGUCUGUUUUGACUGAUCUGAAUGUCAGAGCUCCAACAGGAAUCUGCACGGGCUCCUUCCAGCACAUUCUCAGUGAGUGGUCCGGGUCUGGUGAGUUUCCUCCAUUGGUGUAUCUGCAUGAGACCCUCUUCCUGAGCUGGUGCAGACAGGCUGAAUGGAUAGAAGAAGCCUGUAAGGAACUACGGAAACAGCUGGGGCCACAGCUGGAUUUUAUAUGUCAAGAGAUCAGAGGCCGCAUCCUGGGUCUAUUCCUCUGGGAUCAUAUAAAGAUGCCUGUCAUUUCCCUUAAAUCUGAGGUCAUGCAGUGUUUGGUUCGUGGGAUCGUGGCUCUGAUGAACGAGACUCCAGAUGAUCCCUUAGACUUCUUGGGACACUUUCUACUAAGGUCAUCAGUCAACAGUGGUGUGAAGAGCAGCGAUCCAUUCCCCAGUCCAGAAUCUCCAAAUGGUUUGUUAAGUGAUGCAGAUAGACGCAGUGCUGUGUGCAAAGAGCUUUUGAAUAGUGAGAAAACAUACGUGAGGCAUCUUCAAGCGGUGGCAACAGUGUUUUACUCACCUCUCAGAGCGGCACUGGACUCCAAUCGAGCCAUCAUCAGCUCAGUCAAUCUCAUCAGCCUCUUCUGCCCUCUGCUGGACAUUUUGGAGGAAAACAAGUAAAAUACAGUCCAUUAUAUUUCUCUUUCUGUUGCUCUUGAAUUCUCUGGCCUUCACAAAUGCUCUUGCAGUGUUUUUCUGAAGGAGCUUACAGAGAGGUGGGAGGACUGGUCUCCGCUGCAGUGUGUGGGGGAUGUUUGUGUCAAGUUUUGCACCAAGUUAAGAGUCUACACUAACUUUUUCAACAACUAUUCUACCAUUCUGAGAACUAUAGACAAGUGUCGUGAGAUGCUUCCUGUUUUCCGCAACUUUCUAAAGAGACACGACCGGACCGUUGCUACCAGAAUGUUGAGUCUCCAGGAGCUGUUUCUCACACCAUCCGCACGGGUGGAGGAGUAUGUGACUUUGCUUCAGGCAUUAACGCUACACACACCGCCUGAGCACCCAGACUACACACAGUUAUCAUCUUCCCUUAACUCGAUGACGGCUUACAGGGGCUUCAUACACAAGUUGAAAAAGAGUCUGGAUCGAGACUUGAGAAUCAUGGAGGCACAGAGCACAAUUCAAAGCUGCCCAAAUUUGUUGGAGGGGAGCAGAUACUUGAUAACCACACAGGAUGUGGCAUUACUGAGCUGCCUUAAUGGAGACAUUGCUUCCUCUCUUAGGAUGUAUGAGCAUGUGAGUGACCUGGGAAUGUUUCUGUUCAAUGAUGCUCUCGUGCUUACAGAGAAGAGUGUGUCACACGUGCCGUUUUGUCUGACAAAGAACACGACUCACACCUUUCUCGCCUCUGUGGCUCUGCACUGUCUAAAUCUCACGGAAAUCACAGAUACAAAGUAUGUCCGAAACGCUUUUCAGCUGGAGAGCCCAAAGCGGCAGUGGAUAUGUGCUACAGAUAGAGAAGAGGACAAAAUCAGGCUGCUGUGUGCUUUACACAGUGCUAUGAGUGCUGCUAUAACACGUAACUAAAGAUGAACAGAAUAUUUACUCCUGAAAGCUAAAUGAUGGACAUUAAUUCCUAACUUGCUAUUUUUUUAUUUGUUUUAUUACCAAGCAAAUUGAAUUGGUAUGAUUACUACAUCUGAUUAUUAUUGAUUACAGUAUGGAUUAAUGCAUGAAUAUAAAAAUCUGCGUUUUUAUGCACACUGGA